AAUGGACCUCAGAGGAAGCCGAUAUAGGCAGAUGAUUUUUAAAGUAAAUGUCUGAAGUAGACGGGAAGUAUAAUUUUGGAAAUAAGAGACAAAAAAUCAAUAUGUUCGUAGAACACCGGAAGAAAUCGGAGCAUAGAGUCCUGAACUUGACUGGCAAGAGAGAACUUCCGGUAAAAACUGAAAAUCUUCCAUAGCCCCCGAGUUUCUGUGCGUUCACAGUGGUGCCGCUCUAGGCUUAGGCAUCUCUAUAAUUGAUGCGUUUGGCCUGCUUACUAAUAGCGUAAAAAUCGUUUGGAUCUAAUCCUGAAACGCUGAUAAGGUGUGGAAGGCGCGAUUGUAUUUCGGUUCUAUGAUAGCCAUGUCUUUUUUAUAGAGUGUGGGUUUGUUUUACGUUUAUGGUUUUGUGGAGGAGUGCUUCCGGGAACCUUUGUUCUGAUUGGUCACUCUCUUGGACCUUUCCGGAAGAGGCAAGGAGUAAAGGAUUGUUGAAGAUUGCAGCAAUGGCUGGUCGAAGAGCUACUUUGAAAGCAAUAGAUUGGAUGGCAUUUGCUGAACGAGUGCCUCCCAAUCAGAAACCUAUGUUCAAUGCCCUGAAAACACGCAGUGAUGCACUUUCAGCCAAGCUUACUACUUUGCCAGAAUCUCCUCCAGCCAUAGACUGGGCUUUUUACAAAACUGCAAUAGCCAGACCUGGCAUGGUGGAUGAAUUUGAGCAGAAGUAUAAGGCAGUCAAGGUUCCUGAGCCUGUGGAUAAUCAGACAGCUAAAAUCGAAGCCCAAGAACAAGAGGCUAACAAGAGUGCUGCUUCCUAUACAGAAGCCUCAAAAGCUCGUAUUGUGCAGUAUGAAAAGGAGCUCCGUAAGUUAAAAAGCAUGAUUCCUUUUGACCAGAUGACAUUUGAGGAUUACAAUGAGGCAUUUCCUGAAACUAAACUGGAUAAAGAAAAAUAUCCAUAUUGGCCACACAGACCCAUUGCGGACUUGUGAAACCUUUGUGUCUGGAAGCACUCUGUGAUGAUGGUCAGAUAUAGAAUCUGUUAAAUAAAAUAAUUGUAUUGGA